AUGACUUUGGCUAUCAUGUUAAGCGUUUUAUUUCUAUUCCUAUGCUCAACACCUACUAUCAGUCAAAAUUGCUCAACUUACAAUCCAUGUGGAUCGUAUGGAUAUUGUGACGAUGAUCUGAAUGGAAAUUCAGUAUGUACAUGCAAGUUUUGGUGGACAGGAACUGUUUGUACUGAACAAAGCAGUAGUGGUAUUCAAGUGAUAACACUUGGUGUUUUGGUAGUUGUUCUCAUUGCGGUCUUCUACGGACUUUCAAUCGGUUGUUCAAUUCGUCGAAAGAGACAACAACCAAAAAAGGAGAAGCCAAAUCUUCGAAUCAAUGAAAAUAACUAUGCAAAUUCGAACUUAAAAGAAGUUGCACUAACAAAUGUGAAAGAAUCUGCUCGAUUUUCCUCCUGUUUUGUUGCUGUUCUCAUGGUAAUUCUGACAAUCAUUGCAUUAAUUGUAAAAUGGUUACUAAUUCAACCGAUUCACAAUGAAUUAGUUAAGAAAUACAAUGUCAACAAUUCAUUAUUCUAUCAGAGAGAACCCAUUUGUGAUAUAAUUGAUUUCAAGAAUUUCAAUAUGUUAACCUUUCCAAUCGCUUGUUUUGCUAUUUUAAUUUUUAUCAUUUCUUCGAAACGAACGUCAUGUUUACGAAAUAAAUUCAAAGGAUACAUUGGUCCAGUUAUACCAUUGGAUUUUUAUGUGCAUAUCAAAAGAAAAUUUGCUGCUGUAGUAUUCGCGAUUAUUGCAGACGAACUUUUGUCGAUUGUUAUGGAAGUUAUCACUGACAAUAGUUCAUCAGAUCAAGGUGUAAUCAUCGUUUAUCUGUUACGUAUUUUAUCCGUUCUUGUCAUCGGUCUUCGUUACUAUCCUAUUUUGUCAGCAGCUUAUAUGGACACGAUUUUAGCAUUAACCUGUGCAACGUUCUAUGCUUGGUUGAACUUUUGUGUAUCAGUUUAUCAUUAUAGUAGAUGUCAAAGUGAUUUUUAUCCUUCGAAUGACAAUUUCGAUGAUACAAAUGGAACAGAACUUAUGACAUUGUUUUCCUUUUAUGGUACUGGUCAAAACUUGGUUAUUAUUCAAGUUAUUAGUGAUCUCCCUCAAUAUCUAUGUUGGUCUUAUAUCCUCAUUAAACUACCGAUGUUGUUAGUUGAGAAAAUUUAUAAAUGGUUUCAACGAAAGAACGGUAAUCGUUCAAGAAAUCUAUGUUUAACUCGUGAAGAAAAGAUUCUUCUACAUUCAUCUGUUCCACAUUCUGUUGAAAUGCUGUAUAUUCGAAAUCUUUUUCGAGCAAAAACUCAACGUUCAACAACCAGAUGGUUUCUUGCGCGAUUAAUACCGAAAAUGAUCUAUCAAUGGCGAGACGAUUAUCGAUUUUCAUCACGAAUCUUUUCAGUUUACGCCACAGUCUUUCUUCUAUUAAUAUUUCUAACAAUUCAAGCUUGCAUUCUAGUCGUGCCGUAUUUAUCUGGAAUGGAAAACACACUUCAAAUACUGGUCGAUGCAAUUACUCAAUUUAAUGACGUAAACAAGACACAAAGAGAUUUUCCAAUACCGAAACUAUUUCUUCCGUAUGUUCUGGCGAUCUUAACAGCUUUUGUCAUAACAACAAUUCAGCUAUUGGUUCUGUUAGGAAGUAUUCGACGAAACUUAUUUCAAAUCUAUCGUGGUGAUGUUUCCGAAAUACCUCAACGAAAUAAAUCGAAUUAUUUAUCAUAUACAACUGGCAAUUUUCAUUUUGCUGGAUAUUUUAUUGGUUAUGUUAUCUGGGGUUAUAUUCUCACUGCAACAUUUGCAUUUAUUGUGUACAUAUGCAUAGAUGCAUUUAUUACAUACGGUAGUGUGAGAUUUCUUGAAAAUAUUCUCAAGAAAAUCAUUCCGAUUUUGUUAUUAAUCAUAUUUAAACAAUAUCUUAAUAAUAUUUUAGCAAGAUAUGUGUUUUUGCAGCAUUAUGGUGAUAUUUUAGCCAUUAAUAAUCGGAGGAUUUUAAUGAUCUUUUUAUAUUUUAACUUCUUUCUUGAUGCAUUUCUUGGCUUUGUUUCAUCAAUUAUCCGAAUCAUCAAAAGUGUUAUUGGCGGAUGUUUAUACAUGUCUCGUUUGGAUUAUUCUCCUAUGGGACGAAAACUUGAAACAUUCGAUGCAGGAUUUUCUGCUUAUUGUGGUUUUAUUCAUAUCGAAGCUGUUCAUCGAAAUCCAAUUAUGUUAGCUUUCGCAAGUUAUGUCUAUGGACGAAUGAAAGCUGAACAAUAUGUUUUGAAUAAUUCAGUUUCAUCAACAGUAAUAACUGAUAAACGGAAAAUGAAAACUUAUUCGUCAAAAGCAAGCCGAAAAUGGUAUUUAGCAGUGUUAUUAAUACGUAAUCCAUCGUUUGUAACAUUGAGAAAACAUAUUCUACGUAACAGACAAAAUGAACAAAUCGAAGAAUUGAAUCCAAACGUUCAGAGAUUAUCAUUGACACAAAACAAUUAUCAUCGAGCGAGUCUUAUAUCCGAAAUUGAUUUACAACAGAUUUGGCAAAAUAAUCAUGUGAAAUGA